UCUAGUGUUGUAGUCGAAUGUAGUGAGCAUGUAUUUAUAAUCACAUUCCCACUGUGCACCCUGAGCCGGUCGGCUGCACACUUUUAAUGAGAUGCUGUCAUUGAUUCAUCGCUGUCUUUUGCUCGUAUGUGGCGUGAAUGGCGCGAAUUAAACAAACGGUCUCUCGCCGGAUUGAAUGCCUCAGCGACUACAAUCUUGAGAGAGGAAAAGAUGCUCUGUGGGGUUUAAUAGAGAGCAGCAUGGACGAGGCUGCCAGCCAGCUGGAGAGAGACCAUGUUCACAGCGUGUACGAGAGGAUCGCACCCUACUUCAAUGACAGCCGUUACAAGGCUUGGCCCAAGGUCAAGCAGUUCCUUUUGGAGCAGGAGCCCGGCAGCAUUGUGGCUGACGUAGGUUGUGGCAAUGGCAAAUAUCUGCACAUCAAUGAGAAUAUCUUCAAGCUGGGCUGUGAUGUGUGUCGCCCGCUGGUGGACUCUGCGUGGAGUCAGGGUCACGAGGUGCAACUUUGUGAUGGCCUACGUUUACCCUAUAGAGAUGGCUGUUUUGACGCAGUACUCUCCAUUGCAGUCAUCCACCACAUGUCCACCAAAGAAAGGCGUAUCCGAGCAAUAAAGGAGAUGGCGCGCACCCUGCGCGUGGGAGGGCAAAUCAUGAUUUAUGUUUGGGCCAUGGAGCAGAAGAGGCGCAAGUUUGAGAAGCAGGACGUCUUUAUUCCCUGGAACCCCAAUCCCCCUUUAUCUCCUGCCAUGAGAGGAACUGGGCGAACCAGACAGCGAGGCAAUGGAAACCAAAGCGUCUGCGAUGACAUCGCCUCCAGUGACAAGCACAGGAAGGUAAAAAGCACAUCCUCCAUGGUGGACGAGGGCGAACUUACCAGCCCCUGCCAGCAGAAGCAACAGAGGCUUUGGUUUUUCUCCAGGUCUUUGGAUUCUGUGCUGGACUUUGGCAGCUUGAGCGUGUCCCGCUCCUCUUCCAGCACUUUACAAACCCCUGUGGAUGAGGCGGCAGAGAGCAAAAGCCGGCGAACCAGUAGCAGGGGUCUCAUCAGACAGGUUUCUAACCUCUUUUCAUCUUCCUCCAAAACCAGUCUAGAAGAGGAUGUCUUCAUCUCCGAUUCCCAUGAGCAAGUCCAUAAAAUUGACAAUAGCAGUGCUAGUAAUGGGAAUGAGAGUGUGGAUCUUGUUAAUGACUGUUCCUCAGUACCACUGCCUGAUUUGGUGUCCUACCAACCGGAGCAGUCUAAUAACGAAAGAUAUGGGGAUGUAGAGAAUACAUCAAGAAGUCAAGAGCCUUUGCAGAGGCAGGAAAGCACAGCAUCUCUUCAUAAAACCGGGGGGAUGAAAGAAUGGAACAGCGAGCAGUUGAAGGACACUUGUCUGAGGUACUACCACGUAUUCAGGGAAGGAGAACUGAUGCAGUUGAUUGAAAACCAUGUGGAAGAGCUCCAUGUUCUGCACACCUACUUGGAUCACGCCAACUGGUGUGUAGUGGCCGAGAAGAUCCAAGUCUGGAAGGUUUAAAUCAAAUUUUAUGUCCAUUUUAAUUUACUACAUUGGUUUUGAACAUUGGUCUUUAAACGUUUUAGUUUGAGAUUUUAAGUACGGUAUUUGGAUCAGAUUUAACGAGUUCAGUAUAAAUGGCAAUAACAAGCGAGGUAUUGAUUCUCUGACUAGACGACCAGUGUUGGUCCAAAUAGACCCAACAGUCUUAUUUAUCCAUUUUAAAGGUACUAGUCAUGCUAAAUUUAGUUUUAAAAUGUGUUGAUUGAUGCUAAACAUUCUCUGUGAUGUCUUAAAUUUUGUUUGGAUUUACAAAUAAUCUUAACUUGCACUGAGUUUAUUGGUGUAUUACUGUUAACUGUAUAAAGCAAUUCCUGCCUGAAACAGAAACAUAGCACAUCAUUAUUCUGAACCAAACAAUGUGAGCACAUAACUAGUUUUUUAUUGAACGCUCUCUUCAGGUGUUUAUCUGUGUAGUUGUUGUGUUGUGUAGAUAGUGUUACCAUAAAAUCUAUAAACUGUUGUGAUGUGUGUUGCAGAAGCUUUUUAAAAAUUGUUUUAACUGCUUGUGUAAUUAUUUGCGCACAAAUUCCCAUCUUGAAAACUUGAAUAAUUUAAGCAGUCUAGUGCUGGUAUUGUUGCAGAUUGUGUAUGCUUGUAUUGGUGUAACUUGAUCAUGUCAAUAUCACAAGAAGGGUCUUUAAUUUUCCUUUAAACUUGAACAAUUUUUUUUUAUCGGUGUGUGUGUGUGUGUGUGUGUGUGUGUAUUUUGACUGUUAAAUAAAACACAAUAUUUUGUUUUUAUUCAGCCCACUG